AUCCUCAUUGAAAAUCAAAGCGAAUCAAAAUCAAAACCAAAAUUGCCACCUUUUCUAACCCAUAAAAGAGGCUUGCCGUGAUCCUCUGUGCAAACUAAGAGCUCACCCUCCAAUAAAAGAAUAUAAUUGAAGUCAAAUAGCUUGCAGGAUGCAGCUAUGACCCUAUGAGCUCUCUCACUAUGUGAAGUGCGUUUUCUUUUUGUUUCUGCAUGGACUCUCUCGAAAGAAAGCUACCCAUUGCGUUCACGAUUAUGGAGAGAGAACCCCAUUUCUUCAAGAUAAUUCUUGAUGAUUCUAUCCGGGAGGGAAAACUUAUUCCCAAAAAGUUCAUGAGGAAGCAUGGAAAGGAUUUGCCAAGUCCUGUCAUCCUUAAGGUCCCCAGUGGUACUACAUGGCAAGUAGAGUUGUUGGAAUGUGAUGGUAAGGUUUGGCUGGAGAAGGGUUGGCAAGAAUUCGCUAAACAUCACUCUGUGGACCAUGGGUACUUUUUAGUUUUUAAAUAUGAAGGACAUGGCCAUUUCUGUGUAUUCAUACUUGACAAGAGUGCAUCAGAGAUAGAGUAUCCAUGUAAAGGUGUAUGCACUGUGGAUCAAAAUCAUGAGCCUGUGAUGGAAAAUAAUGAAGAUGAUGCCUCUGUUGAAAUUGUGGAUAAUCUGUCUCAACGAAGAAAAGUUGGGGAGAAAUCACCAUUAUCGAUAGAUCAGCAGUCUUGCAAAAUAACCAGAACUGAUUCAACUGCUAAAACAUUGGAUUCGUUGUUUCCCAGUUCACAUGCAUAUCUUAGCAAUCAAGCCACUCCAUCUACUUGUAUAAAGGUUGAGAGUUCACAUUGUUCCAAGAGAGAAUAUGAAGGAAAGCUCAAGCAAUCGACAGCAAGCAAAAAGAAUACCGGUAGGCAGGGCAAAAGGCCUCCAUGUUCAAGUAAUUCUCAAGCUCUUGAAGAAGCAAACAAGUUCAUCUCAAAUAAUCCAUUCUUCAAGUCUGUUGUCCGGUUAGAUCGGCUCAAGUACUCUAGUGUGUGUGUACCAAUUAACUUCAGCCGGAGAUAUGUUAAGGCCAGGAUAGUGAAUUUAACCCUUCAAGUUGCUGAUAGAUUGUGGCCUGUGAAGUUGAUACGAUAUUCAAAGUGGAAAGUUGCUAAGUUUUGUGGCGGUUGGCCUACGUUUGCAAGGGAAAAUUCACUAGAAAUGGGGGAUGUUUGCAUCUUUGAGCUGAUAAAAAGUGAUGCCAUGAAUGUAUUCAUUUUCAGAUGUGAAAAGUAAAUGCUGUGUGUUGCCAUUGUUUUCUCCUUCUGUUUAGUAGGUGGAACUUGGAAACAAACUAUGAGACUUGGAACUUAAUUUCUUAAAUGGAUCACUGUUGUUUUAAUUUC